AUGGGAAUCCAAAUCGUCGAGUCCUCGCUAGAACCGCCUCGAUCGUCUUUCGCGCAGCGGCAGCAGCAGCAGCAGCAACAAUACGGACCAUGGCACUACCGCGAUGCCCAGGAAGAGCAACCGGGAACAAGCAGUGCCGUAUCAACAGAAGUUCUCCCAGUUCAAGCUUCAGAACCAGCACCAGCACCUGCGACAGCAACAACCUCAUCAUGGCCAUCAUUCACCAUCCUAAUACCUUCUCCCUCUACUUCCCCAAUCAUCACAUUCCCACUUGCUCCCAUCAACCCGCCACAUCUAUCGCAUCUUGAGGCACAUGUCCUUGCCAGACCCAAAAGCCUCAAACGUUCUCGUCCCUGCACAGACGUAGACGGCCACAACACCGCCCCGCUCCCGUGCAAGAAGCGACGUUUGCGGCUAAACUUCGUCACCUCCCGUCUGUCCCAUCCCUUUUCGUUACCCGCUACGCACAUCCUUAACCGGGAAUCGAUCCUCAAGGGAGAUAAGAGGCUACGAAGUAUAGCGGCGGCAGCGAAUAGGAGGAUGGCCAUGGCUGGAUGGGGGUUUGGAGGAGUUGGGGGGCAAAAUGGGGGUGGCGGGGGAAUGGCGAUGGCGAUGGGAGGGAAUGGGAGUGCGGCAUCGUGGUUGAGGAAGAUGGCUGUCAUGAAUCGGUUUAGGAUGAGGAUGAUGGGGGAGGGUUUGGUGAGGGCUCAGCAGGCACAGGCUGUACAGGCACAGGCUGAUGAAGUUGGGCAAGGGAGAGGAGGAGGAGUACCUAUGAAACGAACAGCGCAAGGACAUCAUGGCUACGGACCCGGAACAAGUCAACAGCCUCCUCCACCCAGGGGCAGUCAAGCUGGUGGGCAACAAGUGCCGGUUCCAGUAAUAACAGGGUUUCCCCCGCCGGUGAUACACACCACCAUCUCCAACUUAGGACCAUCAACAUCAGCACCAUCAACACCACAACGCCUCUCUCCCUCUCCGCCCCUUCACCCACUUCACUCACCAGAUCUUCGGCCCACAGACGACCAAGACGAUCAAGAUUUUGACGACGAAGAUGUUGCCUUUCCUACAUCAGCGCACGAAAGUCGAUAUGAAGGCGAAGAUGAGGAAGAAGGGCAUGAAGUGUAUGCGGAUUUUGGGGUGUUAUUCGGCGGCGGCAGUGAGGAAGAUCUCGACGAGGAGGGUAAUAGCAUGUCUGGCGAGAUGAAUGGGGAGCAGCAGGAGUGUUUGGGUUUGGACAAUUGGGAUGGGAUUUCUUGGGGGGCUGCGUAGGUCUAACUAGGUGGUGAGCUGGUAUGGGUGAGGAGGUUAUGGAUGGGACGGGGUUGCGGACUGGGCGGCAUUGUCAUGUUAUUUACUACCGCAUCACUAAAAAUUGGGUGUAUCUAUCUGCUUUGGGCUUGGGGAGGACAUUGUGCUUUUCAGAGCAAGCUUUGCAUGUGAGCGGUUACAUAAAACAAAACAGAAGAAAGAACAUAGGUGGCAUUCUUCAGU